CACAAAAACGGAAGUAGGGUAGCAGAGAAAGAAGCGGCACGUGGGUCUGCGUUUCUCGAAUUGCGGCCAUGGGUCGAGUCAAGCACCAGGAGUCAGGGGAAGCGCCGGAGACGGAGGCAACCCCGGAACGGUCGUACCACGAGCUGGUCGAAAACGUAAAUGCUAUUGCGCGGCCGCUAGCCUCCCGGAAGCUCACACGCAAACUCUACAAGUGCAUCAAAAAAGCAUCGAAGCUUAAACAAAUCCGGCGAGGGGUGAAAGAGGUCCAAAAAUUCAUCAACAAAGGCGAAAAAGGAAUCACAGUUCUUGCAGGAGACACAUUGCCUAUUGAUGUUUAUUGCCACAUCCCUAUCAUGUGUGAAGACAGGAAUCUUCCCUAUGUCUAUAUUCCAUCUAAAACGGAUUUGGGAGCAGCAGCAGGUUCAAAACGUCCAACCUGCGUUAUCAUGAUAAAGGCUCAUGAGGAAUAUCAGGAAGCUUACAAUGAGUGCUUGGAGGAAGUGGAAGCUCUUCCUCUCCCUUUGUGAAAAACAUGAAUGGCAGAUACUGAUAUAACUGGGUUCUAUCUAUAGGUUUUAUGUGGUUAAACUUCAGUUUCGUGCCAGUUGUGUAUGACAGUUGGUCUUGGUUGGUGAGGUGAGGAAUAGAUCAAGUGACCUGUUGAGAGCCCAAGAACUGUAGCAGCUGUGCUGUAAUCAUCUGUUUUUGAACAGAUUUAGUGCAAUUCUUGCAGUGAAAUUUUGUGUUAAAAUACUGCUACAUGUUCAGCUCUGAAAGAAGUCUAGAGGGAUCAUUAAAAGAUUUGUAGAUGUAUUGGUAUUUUCCAAUUCAAUAUACUAUAGCCUUAAAUAUCACACGAUCUUUCUUGCUUACUCGGAAGUAUCUUUUCAAGUUGUGUUCCCUCUCUGCUUGGGGUAGAGAACUUUUCUUGCCUGAUUGCAUGCUGUCUUAUACACAUAGAAAUGCUGUUGAAAAUUAAAAAUCAAAUGUCA